AUGGCCGGCCCAGCUCGGCCCGCCUCCGCGAUUCCCGCGAGAAGGUCUAAUUUGCGACAGCCUACACGCCGAGCGGGUUCCACGGUGCCAGACCGGGCGCAGGCGUCACCUGCGGUGUCAACGAAGGCCGCGCCGACUCCUGCGACCCGAUACUCGAAACCCACCCCUGAACAAUCGUCUGCUUCUGCUUCCGCUCCCAUGGGGAAGCGCAAAGAGAGAGAUUAUGAACGUGAAAUCAACGAAGAUACCAGCAUCCAUGUGGUGGUGCGUUGCCGCGGUCGCAACCAGCGCGAAGUCAAGGAGAACAGCGGCGUUGUCCUGUCCACCCCAGAAGGCGUGAAUGGUAAAACGGUGGACCUUUCGAUGGGUCCAAAUGCCCUUUCCAACAAGACGUAUGCAUUCGACAAGGUGUUUUCGCCGGCGGCCGACCAAACACGAAUUUUUGAAGAUACAGUUCUCCCUAUCGUUCACGAGAUGCUGGCCGGAUUUAACUGCACGAUUUUCGCGUAUGGACAGACAGGAACAGGAAAAACGUAUACCAUGUCAGGCGACAUGACCGACACCCUCGGUAUUUUGUCCGAUGAUGCAGGCAUCAUCCCCCGCACGCUUUACUCCCUAUUCCACAAACUCGAAGACACAGAAAGUACAGUCAAAUGCUCUUUCAUCGAAUUGUACAACGAAGAACUUCGCGAUCUCCUAUCCGCCGAAGACAACGCCAAGUUGAAGAUUUUCGAGAACGAAAAGAAAGGCCAUGCCGCGACUAUUGUCCAGGGUAUGGAGGAAACUUACAUCGAUUCUGCUUCAAGCGGCAUUAAACUCUUGCAGCUUGGAAGUCACAAGCGUCAAGUUGCCGCGACCAAGUGCAAUGAUCUCAGUUCCCGCAGUCACACCAUAUUCACCAUCACGGUCCUGACUAACCGUACCACCGACUCGGGUGAAGAAUACGUCAGCUCCGGCAAACUCAACCUUGUGGAUCUGGCUGGAAGUGAGAACAUUGGGCGAAGUGGUGCAGAAAACAAGAGAGCAACUGAGGCUGGCUUGAUAAACAAGAGUUUGCUGACACUGGGCCGGGUCAUCAACGCCCUGGUGGACAAGGGCUCCCACAUUCCAUAUCGUGAAUCGAAGUUGACACGUCUGUUGCAAGACUCGCUGGGCGGUCGUACCAAGACAUGCAUUAUUGCGACGGUGUCGCCUUCACGGAGCAACUUGGAGGAAACGAUCUCAACAUUGGAUUAUGCCUUCCGUGCGAAGAACAUUCGCAACAAACCUCAGAUCAAUUCCAUCAUUUCAAAAAACAAACUCCUCCGGGAAAUCGGAAUGGAAAUCGAGCGGCUUAAGAGUGAACUCAUCGCCACCCGCCACCGCAACGGUGUUUACAUGACGCCGGAGGCACAUGAAGAGAUGACCAUGGAGAGCGAAUCCCGAAGGAUCGUCAACGAGGAACAACGCGCCAAAAUUGAGUCUAUGGAAUCCAGCCUUCGCCACAAGGUCCAGGAGCUGUUCACUCUCACAAGUAACUUCAACACCCUCAAGCAGGACAACGAAAAGACCUUGGGGAAACUUAACAACACCAGGUCUGAUCUGGCGGAGACGGAGUUGACGCUGAAGAACACAUCGGAGAGAUUGGACGAAGAGACGGCUGUGCGCAAGGCUCACCAGGACACCGAAGCCAAGCUUCGCGAAAUUGGCGCUGACAUUCUGACAACACUGGAUCACACUGUUGCAGAUGUCAACGGCCUCCACGCGAAAUUGGACCGCAAAGAAAUUCUGGAAACCGACAACCGCAAAACCUGGCAGGAAUCGACCGGAGAAGUCUCUAGUGUAACCCAGCAAAUCGAUGCUCGCAUGGAGAAUUUCCAGUCACAGCAUGCUAAGCUUCUGGACAGCAUGUCGACUCGAAUCCACCAAUUUGUUGAUAGCGAGUUGAACACUGUCGAGUCCACUCGCUCGAAGUUCCAGCAGCUUGGUGACUCUUUCGAUAAAGUCGAGGCCCAGGCGAAGAGCCAAACUUCCAGUGCACACGACGAGAUGAAUGAGGUUUUGGAAGAAAUCAAGGUUCUUCGCGAGGAUGUGAAGACCAAAGUGGGCGAAGGUCUGAAUGGAUUGUCUGCUGCCGCUGCCCGGAUCUCAAAGGAGGUCAUCGGCGAAUUUGGCGAGUUUUAUUCCCAGCUGCAUUCAUCCUACAGUGUUCUCGGAAAGGAUCUCAAGGGCAUGUUCGAAAACAUGACCUCUCACAUCGAGCAACAAAAAUCCGAAAUCAAUAAGCUCCGUCUAGAGCUGCAAGAAGCCAACCGUCAGUCGAUCGAGGCCAACCGCAAGGCUUCAUCCAAUCUUGCACAGGUUCUUGAAGAGGAGCAUGCAAGUGCUCAAGCUGAACGCGAAACCCUCAUGUCCCAAAUUCGAAAUCUUCUGGAUGAGUCCAGCCAACGCCAAGCCAACCGCCUGAAGGGCAAGUUCGAUACCGUGCGAACGGAUCUCUCCACCUCCGGCGACUCUCUCGAGCAGGCGACAGUGCAACACGACAGACACGUCGAUGAAUGGAUUUUCAAGGAGGAACAGUUUGCCAAGGAUGUCGCUGCAUCUCGGGAUGAUAUGAAGGCCAAGAUGCAGAGCGAUUGGGAAAAUUUCGAUCAACGAAAUGCCUCUAUUCAACGGGCUACCGAAUCCGUGCAUCAGGAGACUGUUCGCAUUGUGAAUGCCCAAAUGAGCGACAUGAGCACACAAAUGGAAGCCCUUGAUGACUUCGUUGCAAAGGCUCGGUCUCAAAACGGCCGCUUCCAUGAGGUACAGCUGGGCAGUCUGAAUGCCAUGUCCAGCAAUGUCCGAGAGUCUCACUUGGCUGUGGAUGACCAGCUCAAUGGUCUCACUGAGCGGGUUGAACAGCUUCAGGAAGACGCGGAUAUGCAUACCGAGAACCUGCAGCAUUCAACCGCGCCACUGCAACAAGAGGUUCGACAGCCGCUUAACGAGCUGCGAGACAGUGUGCAAGGCAAUCCACUGAAAGAGUACGUGCCGACCGGUGUGACUCCUCAAAAGCGACAUUACGAAUACCCUUCUACUUUACCCCGAACCGAAUCCCACGAUGGUCUUCGCUCUCGGCACCGAACUUCGAAGCAAUUCACCGCGCUUCCUUUUAAUGAAGACAUCCAUCCAAACUCCGUCAUCCGCUCCCCAACUGCAUCCCCGUCCAAGCGUUCCUAUGUGUAUAGCGAUGCCGCGGAAGAGGUAGGAAAUCAUCAUCCUUCGUCGUCCGGGACCGCUUCCAACACUGGCCUUAGGGAAGUCGAUGUAAACGUCGCCAGACCAGCCGAGUGUGAUGAAGAGGAAGCGAACCCCGGCAAGCCGCAGACCCCCGCCCAGGAUGCCUCUAUGGAGCUUGAUGACACGCCCGAAAAGGAUGAAUUCGAGCCGCCUCUCAAGAAGCGUCGCUCAACCUCCAACUCUACGAACACCACCGUAGAGAGUAAGCUUCCCCACAAAAUGCUUUCCAAAAAGAUGGCCGGUAUGAUGGAGGGCCGAGAGAACGUGCCUCCAUCUGGUAUCGCUGGCCGCAGAACCCACCGAAACGGGUCGCAUUAG